AUCAGGACCAACAGAAGGAACUGUCCUCUCCUAGAAACCCCAACGGUCAUUACAGACUAGUCAAGGAGAUACAUCCUUAAAGCAGCAAUGUCAGAUUGUACUUCUCAGAAUACAACACAAGGCCAAGUGGAUGUGGUUUUUGUCACUGUGUACUCGUUGGUCUUUGUUGCUGGAUUAGCUCUCAACCUCACUGCACUUGUAAUUUUUUUACGGAACUCUAAAUUACGGUUGCAUACCACUGUCUACAUGAUCCACCUAGCCUUUGCAGACCUUCUUCUGGUUUGUACCCUUCCUGUGCGGAUCUAUUACCAUGGGGGUUUUAGGGGACUGCCACAGAAAAUCUGUGAGUUUACUGGUCUAAUACUGUUAACUAACAUGUAUGGAAGCAUCUUCCUCCUCACAUGUAUUAGCUUUGACCGCUGCAUAGCAGUCUGCUUCCCACUGUCUUCUCGAGUUCGUGAGGGUCGCAAGAAAGCAUGGUGUGUUUGUCUGGGGAUCUGGCUCCUAACUUUAGGAACAAGCUUGCCAAUCUACUUCAAAAAUCAGCCCAUUACUCACAUCAACAGCUCUUCCAAUACAGAGCACUGUUUUAAUAGAUUUCCUAAAUAUGCCACUCAACCAGCUGCUCUCAUUUCCACACUAAUUGUUGGAUUUGGGAUCCCAUUAACUGUUAUGAUUCUCAGCUCAUGGGGGCUCCUCCGGGCUUUAAGUAAAAGCACUGCUGCCCAGACUAGUGAGCUAGUAGACAGCGGCAGGAUCAAGAGGAUGAUAACGACUAACUUGGCGAUCUUUCUGUUCUGUUUUCUGCCAUAUCAUUUUAUGCUAGUGUUGCUGUAUACUUAUACAGAUUCUAUUCUGCAAUGCUCACUAGUACCGGCUUACCAGUACAGCCUCAUGAUAGCUUGCCUGAAUGCAAUGCUGGACCCCCUUGCCUACUACUUCACCACAGAGACUUUCCGCAGGAAAAUAGAUGUAGAAGCUGUACGUAAAAUAUGGCGAAUGAACAGUCACUGCUCCGAAGGGAACAACCGCACUCCAGCCCCCCUCACUACAUAAGCUUGUAAGCUUAGACCCUUUUCACAUUUCCCAGUUUGGAAUGCAGAGGUAAACUGUAGGGGGCAUGGUGGGAUCUAAUAUGGACACCCCUCACAGAAUCUUCUGACAACCCCCGGAACAUUUGCUUCCAUGGCAUACCCAAAGAUUGCAUCUUAGUGCCGCCCCUAUAGUGGGGUAUUCUUCCAUACAGGUACCAUAGCAACUAUUAUAUUUGUGUUCGCAGUUGCUGCAUUAGUAAAAGACAAAAUCCGCUAUUAAGUUUCCACAACUGUCUAAAGAGAGACAUAAAUU